AUGACAGUCCGCAAAGCUCCCGUCCUCACCGGACCCGCCAUGGAGCUGCGACGGCGCACUUCGCCGCGGCGGUGGGCGGCCGACUCCGCGGAUGCGAUCCCGGAGAAGCUCAUCAAGCCGUGGAAACUCCCGCAGCAAAACACCUACCUCUUUGUCCACGCCAACGUCGUGGAUACUGCCAAAGGCGUCAUCAUCGAGAACACGACCGUCAAGAUCUCGAAUGGCUUGAUUGAAAGCGUCGGUGGAAGCCCGGCGGACGUUGCAGGCGAUCAUGAUGAUGCCAUUGUGGUCGAUCUACAGGGCAAAUACCUGUCCCCUGGUCUCAUCGACUGCCACGUCCACGUCAGCUCCGUGCCCGGCGAGGCCGGCCUCAACGGCGGCUUCGACAUGGAUGCCACCGUCUCUCACCUGCGGCAGUCGUUUGUCUGCGGUCGCAUCCUGAGCAAGGGCUUCACCACGGUCCGCGAUACCGGCGGCGCCACUCUCGCCCUGAAGGAGGCGAUCCAGGACGGCGUCUUCCCCGGGCCCCGCUUGUUCAUCGCCAACCAAGCCUUGUCGCAGACGGGAGGCCACGGCGACCGCAGGGGUGCCCACGACCACUCGGGGCUCUGCUGCGGAGGCCCAUCGGGGCUCUCCAACGUUGUCGACGGCGUGCCGGAGUGUAUCAGGGCGACCAGGGAGCAGCUGAGGACGGGUGCGGACUUUAUCAAGAUCAUGGUCGGCGGCGGCGUCGCGUCGCCGACGGACAGGAUCGAGAACACGCAGUUCACGGCGGACGAGAUCAGGGCCAUUAGCGAGGUCGCCCGGAGCUACGGCACCUGGGUCACGGCCCACGCCUAUACCCCGCGGGCGAUCCGCCACGCGGUCGAGAACGGCGUGACGGGCAUCGAGCACGGCAACUUCAUUGACAAGGAGACGGCCGAGUUCAUGGCCGAAAGGGCCGUGUGGCUGACCCCUACGCUGGUCACGUACGACGCGAUGGGGUCGGACAAGUACAGGGGGUUUCUGCCCCCGGAGAACCAGCGCAAGAACCAGGAGGUCUUGAAACGAGGUCUACAGUCGUUGAGGAUUGCCGCCGAGGCGGGCGUCACCAUCUGCCACGGGUCCGACUUGCUCGGCCCCUUGCAGGCCGAGCAGAGCAGGGAGUUUGGCAUCCGCCAGCGGGCUCUCAGCAACAAGCACGUGAUUCAAUCUGCCACGGUCAACGCUGCCAGGAUGCUUCGGCAGGAGGGUGUGCUCGGUCAGGUCAGGGAGAAGUUUGUGGCGGACUUGCUGAUCCUCAACGGGAACCCACUGGAUGACGUCUCGAUAUUGGACGAGCCGGAGAAGAACGUUUUGGCUGUGAUCAAGGAUGGCAGGGUCUACACGAGCCGAUGGAGCAAGCUUCCGGAAGAUGUAAAGGAGCCGCCUAGACUGAUCGAGUGA